ACCACAAUGUCCUCAGCCCCUGCCAGCAAUGGCGUGUUCGUGGUCAUCCCGCCCAGCAACGCCAGUGGCCUGCGCCCCCCGCCAGCCAUUCUGCCCACAGCCAUGUGCCAGCCUCCGGGGAUCAUGCAGUUUGAGGAGCCACCACUGGGGGCGCAGACGCCCCGGUCCACGCAACCUCCCGACCUGCGGCCCCUGGACACAUUCCUGACCGGAGAGCCCAAGGCUUUAGGGACAGUGCAGAUCCUCAUCGGCCUCAUCCAUCUGGGUUUCGGCAGCGUCCUGCUCAUGGUCCGGCGUGGACACGUGGGGAUGCUGUUCAUCGAAGGUGGUGUUCCUUUCUGGGGCGGAGCCUGUUUCAUCAUCUCGGGGUCCCUCUCGGUGGCUGCUGAGAAGAACCACGCCAGCUGUCUGGUAAGAAGCAGCCUGGCCACCAACAUCCUCAGCGCCAUGGCGGCCUUUGCCGGGACAGCCAUCCUGCUCAUGGAUUUUGGUGUCACCAACUGGGACGUGGGCAGGGGCUACCUGGCCGUGCUGACCAUCUUCACCAUCCUGGAGUUCUUCAUCGCUGUCAUCGCCACCCACUUUGGGUGCCAAGCCACCAGGGCCCAAGCCAAUGCGCCUGUGAUUUUCCUGCCAAACGCCUUCAGCACCGACUUCAACAUCCCCAGCCCGGCAGCCUCCCCGCCUCCCGCCUAUGACAACGUGGCCUACAUGCCCAAGGAGUCUUCGGAGUAG